UUUCUACUAUGUUUCUUAUUUGCAAACUACUGUUGUUUUUCUCUCAAAUUUCUCAUGCAAUUGAUACCAUUACUCAGUUUAAGUCACUUCCCGAUGGCAGCACCUUAGUUUCUAAAGAUGGAAGCUUUGAGUUGGGUUUCUUUAACCCUGGUAGUUCCACAAAUCGCUAUGUUGGAAUUUGGUUCAAAAAUAUCCCUGUAAGAACCAUAGUUUGGGUUGCUAAUCGUGACAACCCAAUUAAAGACAACUCCAGCAUGUUGGUGGUAAGCAAAGAGGGAAACCUUGUGCUUCUUAGACAAAAUGGGUCUCUUCUUUGGUCAACCAAUGUAUCAACCCCGGUUUUGAGUCCCAUUGUGCAGCUUGUAAACAAUGGGAAUUUAGUAAUUAGAGAUGAGAAGGUUGACAAUAGUGAAGAGAAUUUUUUGUGGCAGAGCUUUGACUAUCCUUGUGAUAUAUUGUUACCAGGAAUGAAGUUGGGAUGGAACCUAAAAACUGGUCACAACCGGCGUCUUACUGCUUGGAAAAAUUGGGAUGACCCAUCUACAGGAGACUUCACUUCAGGUAUAAAGCUUGGAAGCAAUCCUGAAUUGGUAUUUUGGAAGGGUUCGGUUGAAUACUACAGGAGUGGCCCUUGGAAUGGCAUUUUGUCUAGUGGAGUAUUUGGAUUCGGACCAAAUCCACUUUUCGAUUAUAAAUAUGUCAGCAAUGAAAAUGAAGUGUAUGUCACAUAUACCCUAAAAAAUAGUUCUGUGAUUUCAAUACUGGUUUUAAACCAAACCCUUUAUCUUCGUUCACGCAUUACAUGGAUUCCUCAAACAAGAACUUGGAGUGUAUACCAAUCCCUACCACAAGAUAGCUGCGAUGUAUAUAAUGUUUGUGGCGCAUAUGGGAAUUGUAUCAUUAAUUCAUCGCCAAUAUGCCAAUGCUUAGAAGGAUUCGAACCAAAAUCAUCCCAAAAUUGGAAUGCAAUGGAUUGGACUCAAGGGUGUGUACGCAGUGAACCAUGGAGUUGUGGAGUCAAACACAAAGAUGGUUUUCGUAGAUAUGUUGGGAUGAAAUUGCCUGAUACCACACAUUCUUGGAUAAAUAGAAGUAUGACACUUGAAGAUUGCAAGAUCAAAUGCUUGGAAAAUUGCUCUUGCACAGCUUAUGCUAACUUAGACACAAGUGGAGUUGGUAGUGGUUGCUCUCUUUGGUUUGGUGAUCUUAUUGAUUUGAGAGUUUCAGAAAGUGGGCAAGAUUUAUAUGUUCGAAUGGCUAAUUUAGAUAAAGAUGCUAAACAUGGGCGUCCAAAAAAGCUAGUCUUGGUCCUCGCGACCAUAGUUUCGUUAGUCCUUGUGAUGCUAUUGGCUUUCGUCUACAUUUACAUGACAAAAGCAAAGUAUAAAGAAGAGAAAGGUAAAGGCAGACAAGAAGAUUUAGAGUUACCUUUCUUCGAUCUUGCUACAAUAAUUAAUGCCACCAAUAACUUUUCAAUUGACAACAAGCUUGGCGAAGGUGGUUUUGGGCCUGUAUACAAGGGUACAUUAUUAAACGGACAAGAAAUUGCAAUUAAAAGACUUUCAAAGAGUUCCGGACAAGGAUCGAAAGAAUUUAAGAAUGAAGUGAUAUUGUGUGCUAAACUUCAACAUCGAAAUCUUGUUAAGGUUCUUGGUUGUUGCAUUGAAGGAGAAGAGAAAAUGUUACUCUAUGAGUACAUGCCUAACAAAAGUCUCGAUUCCUUCCUUUUUGAUUCGACUCAAAGUAAAAUUUUAGAUUGGCCUACACGCUUCAACAUCUUAUGUGCAAUUGCUCGAGGGCUUCUUUAUCUUCACCAAGAUUCUAGAUUGCGGAUUAUACAUAGAGAUUUAAAAGCAAGUAAUAUUUUAUUAGACAACAGCAUGAAUCCAAAAAUUUCAGAUUUUGGCCUAGCUAGAUUGUGUGGGGCUGAUCAAGUUGAAGGCAAUACAAAUCGAAUUGUUGGGACAUACGGAUACAUGGCACCUGAAUAUGCAAUUGAUGGAAUAUUCUCCAUAAAAUCAGAUGUAUUUAGCUAUGGCGUAUUAUUGUUGGAAAUUGUUAGUGGAAAGAAAAACAAAACACUUACCUAUGAAGACCGUGAUUAUAAUCUUACUGGACAUGCAUGGAGAUUAUGGAAAGAGGGUACCCCAGAGCAAUUGAUUGAUGGUUGUUUGGUAGACUCAUGUAAUAUAACUGAAGUUGUACGAUGCAUUCAAGUUGGUCUUUUAUGUUUGCAACAUCAUCCCAAUGAUCGGCCAAACAUGACAUCUGUGGUUGUGAUGCUUAGUAGUGAAAAUGUUUUACUUCAACCUAAGGAACCUGGUUUCUUAUUUAAAAAUGUUUCAAUUGAAGGAGAAGAGUCUUCUGAUAAACAAACAUCUUCUAUCAAUGAAGUAACAAUCUCACUGUUAAAUGCUAGAUAG